CAUGGAUUAUGCAACUUGCAGAAAAAGGUGAGACACAGCUGGCUCCAGGAAUCCCAUUCUUUCAGAAACCCUUCUGAUGAUGUAAUCACAAAGAUCCUCUGACUUUCAACCUAUCUUAGAUACUUUUAUAGUCCUCCACCAUCAUCAUCGUAUCUGAGCAUCUCACAAUCUUUAAUGUAUUUACCUUCAUGAUGUGAGCGAUCAUGGGCUCGAACCCCAGGUCCACCGACAGUCGUCAGAUUGCAGACACCACCCGGAAGCUCGCUGGUACCAGGAGGGAGCAUUGGCUGGUGGACCCUCUCUCACCAGAGACCCCACCUAUGAAGCUUCUGAUUGGACUAUGUCUGGCCUUUCUGAUUGGCUUGAUUCGUUUUUUGAGCCAGAAGGAAGCACAGGAAAUUGUCCGAGCAAUUAGGCGAAUCCUUCGCUGGUUGCUGCAUUGGUCCCUGUCUUCUUGCCUGACUCCUGAGCCCUGGCUUCCCUUCUUAUUCCAGAUCCCUGCCUUUUUCCUUUUUCCUGCCUUCCUGCCAUGUUGCAGUUCCCUGUUUCUAUGCCCCACCCCUGGCUACUGAUUCCAGUUCUGACCUUUGGCUUGACUCCUGAUUCUGUCUCUGACCCAACUCCAGUUCCUGGUUCCCAACUCCUGCUCUGAUCACUAGGGCUAAGCACCACUGCUCUGACCACUAGGUCUGACCGCCUAUGUCUUGGUCGACAGCUUGCUUGAACCACUAACCCCUCUGAGUGGGCUCAGGCAGGUAUGGACCCAGUGGAGCUCCUUCUACCCCAAGGAACACUGGCACUGCAUGAGCAGGUAACCCACCUCUAAGUGGACCGCAGUAUGUGCUAUCUAUAGAAGAACUAUUUAACCCACUACUGAAAUACAGCCAUGUAUGGUGUAAAACAUCUUCUGUUUAACAAAUUUACACAGCAGCACCACAGAACACUUAGAAGAGGAAGUAAAGAAGGACCCCAUAAACAACUAGAGUUACAAGGGCAAAGCAAGCUUGUUCUCCAGUGCAGAAAGGUAUUCACUUUUUCUAGGGCAGCUGCCAGCAGAAGUAUAUGUUGAGGGCUCCUUUAUUUGUUUUUAACAUUUGGCCUUGCAUAUCUCACCUUGGCCACCCAGGUUACUCAGACCAGGGAGAACAAAUCUGAACUCUGUUCUAGCUCAAAUGCAGCAAGAGUCCACUCAAAUGGCUCUACUUAAUCUGUGAGCAUGAGGGCAAACCUACCCUGGGCAUCCUGAUCAUCUAUAAACUCCCAGACACUAAAGGGUUCCCAGUGGAGCAGAUGUAAUAUAGAUGCUCACUGACAUGGUGAUGAAAUUCACCAGGCUCAUUUGGCUAGAUACUCUGCUAUGCCCACAUAGGACCAGUGAAAGCAAGAGGAGAUACAGGGCCACUAGGUACCUCUGUUCUUUACAGGAUAGAUUGCCAGGUGUAUUCAAGCAAUUAAUUUUGGCCAAAGCACUAGAGGGCUUUAUCUUUAAAAUUGAAGGUCAUGAGUUCUAUUUCUGAGGUUUCAGAUAUGCAGCUAGGCCUCCAUCACCUCCGCUACAUGUUGCACAUGAAUUUAAUUGUUACAUGACUAUCUCUGGGAUACUGUUGAGAAAAACAUGAACCGAAGAACAGCAUUAAAUAAGUACUAACUGCCACCCUGGGAAGAUUAUUGGUACUACUGAACACCACAAAAAGUCCCUUUUUCUUUCCCUUUCCACUAAGCAUUCUAGAACCCAAAUUGUAGAGAUGAUAAGAACUUAGACCAGCUGUUAUACAUACCAAACAUGAGCACUAUGAUACCUAUUUCAAUCUAACUCCAGUCAAAACAAAAUCUCAAGCAGUGGCAGAGAAGGCUAGAGAAUAUGACAAUAACUGAAAGCUUGCGGAGAGGACAGUUCAAACACUGGAGUUAAUUUGCAGCUGAAAUAGCAGGAAAAACGGUGAUAACUUUUUGGUGCUUGUCAGAUAUGGAUAGACUAGCUGAAAUCCCAUGCUGUCACAUGGGUGUUAUUCAUAAAGUCAUCUGUGACAAUGGCUGAGGGCUUAAAAAGUGGAUGGUAAUAGACAGUGAAUCCCAGUGCUGAUUCAACCUGGGGAUAGUCUAAACCAAAGGAACUCUGAGCCAUGCUUAUAGCUAUUUUUAUUGAUUCACACAGACUCAAAUAAACCUUCUAGGUUCAGAAUGACACAGUGACAACCCUGUAACUGGUAGAUGGAAAAUGGGUAUUUUGAGCCACAUUCAUUUGUCAUUCUGUCUAUGAUAGACUGUAUAACAGCUUGGGUGCUGAUAUACAUGUGCUGUAUUCCUGUUCCAGACAUUUUCUGAAUAGGCUUACUCUUGCCUUGUCACACACACAAAUGGUCGUAGACCAGUGCAAUACACCCAUGCAGUUCCUGUGACUCCAGUAUAACUGACAGUUCCGAUCCAUUAGAUGAAUGGAGAACAGAACCAUACCCUGAACAAACUGGGUGUGUUUACACGGCAGUCAGAGGUGUGACUGCCGCACACUUAGCCCUGGUCUACACUAGGACUUUAGGUCGAAUUUAGCAGCGUUAAAUUGAUGUAAACCUGCACCCGUCCACACGAUGAAGCCCUUUAUUUCGACUUAAAGGGCUCUUAAAAUCGAUUUCCUUACUCCACCCCUGACAAGUGGAUUAGUGCUUAAAUCGGCCUUGCCGGGUUGAAUUUGGGGUACUGUGAACACAAUUCGACGGUAUUGGCCUCCGGGAGCUAUCCCAGAGUGCUCCAUUGUGACCGCUCUGGACAGCACUCUCAACUCAGAUGCACUGGCCAGGUAGACAGGAAAAGAACCACGAACUUUUUAAUCUCAUUUCCUGUUUGGCCAGCGUGGCAAGCUGCAGGUGACCAUGCAGAGCUCAUCAGCACAGGUGACCAUGAUGGAGUCCCAGAAUCGCAAAAGAGCUCCAGCAUGGACCAGACGGGAGGUACGGGAUCUGAUUGCUGUAUGGGGAGAGAAAUCCGUGCUAUCAGAACUCCGUUCCAGUUUUCGAAAUGCCAAAACCUUUGUCAAAAUCUCCCAGGGCAUGAAGGACAGAGGCCAUAACAGGGACCCAAAGCAGUGCCGCGUGAAACUGAAGGAGCUGAGGCAAGCCUACCAGAAAACCAGAGAGGCGAACGGCUGCUCCGGGUCAGAGCCCCAAACACACCGCUUCUAUGAUGAGCUGCAUGCCAUUUUAGGGGGUUCAGCCACCACUACCCCAGCCGUGUUGUUUGACUCCUUCAAUGGAGAUGGAGGCAACACGGAAGCAGGUUUUGGGGACGAAGAAGAUGAUGAUGAGGAGGAGGUUGUAGAUAGCUCACAGCAAGCAAGCGGAGAAACCGGUUUUCCCGACAGCCAGGAACUGUUUCUCACCCUGGACCUGGAGCCAGUACCCCCUGAACCCACCCAAGGCUGCUUCCUGGACCCGGCAGGCGGAGAAGGGACUUCUGCUGCAUGUGUUUCAAUGAUCACAGGAUCUUCUCCUUCCCAGAGGCUAGUGAAGAUUAGAAAGAAAAAAAAAACGCAGUCGAGAUGAAAUGUUCUCCGAGCUCAUGCUGUCCUCCCACACUGACAGAGCACAGACGAAUGCGUGGAGGCAAAUAAUGUCAGAGUGCAGGAAAGCACAAAAUGACCGGGAGGAGAGGUGGCGGGCUGAAGAGAGUAAGUGGCGGGCUGAAGAGAGUAAGUGGCAGGCUGAAGAGAGUAAGUGGCAGGCUGAAGACAGGGCUGAAGCUCAAAUGUGGCGGCAGCGUGAUGAGAGGAGGCAGGAUUCAAUGCUGAGGCUGCUGGAGGACCAAACCAGUAUGCUCCAGUGUAUGGCUGAGCUGCAGCAAAGGCAGCUGGAGCACAGACUGCCACUACAGCCCCUGUGUAACCAACCGCCCUCCUCCCCAAGUUCCAUAGCCUCCACACCCAGAUGCCCAAGAACGCGGUGGGGGGGCCACCAGCCAACCAGCCACUCCGCCACAGAGGAUUGCCCAAAAAAAAGAAGGCUGGCAUUCAAUAAAUUUUAAAGUUGUAAACUUUUAAAGUGCUGUGCUUAAAGUGCUGUGUGGCAUUUUCCUUCCCUCCUCCACCACCCCUCCUGGGCUACCUUGGUAG